AUGUGUCUACGGUUCUGCGAAUUCUGGACCUGGCGUGUGGUCACCGCCGCAAUCGCUUGUGUUUCCGUGAUGGUGUCUUUUAUAUUAGGACCUAUACAGACUCUUGUUUACUUGACGGACCAGCGCUCGGCGAUGGCGCAGCUGUACAAGACAGAGCCACACGUAGCGGCCAUCCUCUGGCUGGUUGCCGGCCUCAUGUGGCUACUGCUAGUCGCCAGCGGCCUCCUGCUCGGUGGCUGUCUACUCAACAGCGCAAAGCUGGUCACAGCGUUCGUGAACAUGACGUACGGCCACCUGAGCAUUGUUCUCUCGAUGUGCGUGAAGUACGCCAUCGUCUGUGGCUUCAUGGACAAGAGGUGCUUCGACCACUCGCCGGCCAGGCGCGGCGACGACUCCCUCGCCCCCGUGGGCAUCGCCCUCGCGUUCCUGGUCUACGCCGUGCCCGACGCUCGGCUGCAGCGGAUUUCGACCGUAGACGGACGCGCGGAUAUAUUGCCGCGGGCGCUUCAUUAUGCGCACAGGCGGACGCGAUCUAGGCGCUGGCAACGCCCGUGCAAUGUACGGAGCCGCAAUAAGCGAUGUGGUCACACGGGGAAAUGGAAACAGAAA